GGAUUUCCGGUGUUCGCCAUUCUUUUAACUGCCAAGCCGGCGCAGCUGGUCUGGUGCGUGGUCCAGGCUCCGGCUGUGCAGGGCUCACAGGAAACCUGGCAGAGUCGGGCGCUCAACUCCACUCUGCCUUUCCAAGUUAUUCUAACCCACCGGCUUAGACUCACCGGGAGGAGUGUGUGCCUGUCUGACUUGGUUCUUCGCCAUGGCUUCUCAUAAGACCUUCAGGAUCAAGCGAUUCCUGGCCAAGAAACAAAAGCAAAAUUGUCCCAUUCCACAAUGGAUUCAGAUGAAAACUGGCAAUAAAAUCAUGUACAACUCCAAGCGUAGACACUGGAGACGAACCAAAUUGGGUCUAUAAGGAACCACAUGUACUUAUGCUGUUUGAAGGUUACCAUUCACUUACUGUAUCAAGUUUAGAACAUUACCAUUGUCUGGACAGCUGAGUGUGUUUAUUAGGAAUAUAAGUUUUCUUUCUACGCUCUUGUGGUUUCAUUCAGUACUUUAGUAAUAAAUAUGUGAAGCCUUUUGUUU